GUGAAGCUGGAGAGGUGCAGACCAGGACGAGAAGCAGGAAUGUCCAAUUUGGUACAGACAAGAGGCAGCACAUCCCCUUCCCUGCCCCAUUUCUGCUCAAAAUAAGGCUACAGAGGGCUAGUCUACAGAGGGCAGACACAGCUCCGGCUCUCUCUUAUCGGCGACUGACUCUCCCAUGCCCCACAGGUACCUGGCCAAGCAGACUUCCCUGUGGGUGCUCCUCCGGGACCCCAGGGCCUGCGAGAGCCUGGCAGGGCUGGUAGAAGAGCAGGUCCGCCUUUGCCAGAGGGAGGUGGAAGCCAUGGAUGCGGUGAGGCGAGGCGCAGAGCUGGCCAUCGAGGAGUGCCAGCACCAGUUCCACUCCCGGCGGUGGAACUGCUCCACGCUGCAGGGCCUGCAGGUCUUCAGCAAGGUGGCCAUCCAAGGCACACGGGAGUCUGCUCUCAUCCACGCCAUGGCCGCGGCCGGCGUUGCCUUUGCUGUCACUCGUGCCUGCAGCCGCGGGGGGCUGGAGAGGUGCGGAUGCGACCCCAAGGUCCGAGGAGUCAGCCCCGAAGGUUCCCAGCGGUCAGGCUGCUCUGAUAACCUGUCUUACGGGGUUACUUCCUCUCAAGCCUUUGUAGACAACCCUGAGAGGAGCCGCGGUGCCUCCUCCAGCCGAACGCUCAUGAACCUGCACACCAAUGAGGCUGGGAGGAAGGCUCUCCUGGCCCACAUGAAGGUACAGUGCAAGUGCCAUGGCGUGUGCGAGGUGCACACGUGCUGGAAGGUGAUGCCUCCCUUCCGCAAGGUGGGCAACAUCCUCAAGGAGAAGUUUGAGGGCGCGACAGAGGUUUACCCCAAACGGGUCGGUUCCCACAAGCUCCUGGUGCCCAACAGCUCUCGCUUCAAGCCCUACACAGCUCACGACUUGAUCUACCUGUUGGCCAGCCCAGACUUCUGCUACCGGGGCCCCCUGCGCGGGGUCUUUGGCACCUAGGGUCACCAAUGCAACCGGACCUCAGCAGCCAUGGAUGACCCCAGCAGCCAUGAGGGACAGCCUGGGGAGGGACAUGGGGAGCAGGGGAAGGCGUGGGGAGACACACAGCCUGGGGGGGAGCGGAGGAGGUGUGGGGUUCUGCUGUCCUGGCAGAGAGGAGCCCCUGGCUCCAGGGGUGCCACCCCUGUGCUCCCUGCAUGGCACCCCCUUGCCAGCCUUGUUGGGGUUUCUGUUGUUUGA